AUGAAGCAUAAGCCAUAUUUAUCAUUAUCAUGUGUUCUUAAAACCCAAAAUGAAGGAUGUAAGGAGGAGGCUUCUCUAGUGGCUGUUUGUCUGACAGGCCCCAGAGAUGUUUUUGGCCAAACAGAAACGUUGCUAUUUCUCUGAAAAAGUUUUACUUUGUUUGCGAAAAUAACAUUAAGAUGUAGUGAUUAUUUUGUUUUAUAAUGGAACAUUAUGAUGUAGUUCAUUUGGAACUUAGAAUGUCCCUUUUUAAAAAAGGAAUUUAUUUUCUGCUUCCCCUAAAGCCCAUUGGAAAGCUAGAACAUGUGUUCUACAUGGUGCUUUGUCUUGAGACUCUUUGUUUGAGCUUGUACCCAUUAUCUCUAUUCCAGUGGUGGUCGCAGAGGUUUCCCAACCCUCACUUGGCGUAGGAUACGAGUUAGGCCGGGCUGUGGACAUGAACAAGAAGAUCCUAUGCCUUUUCAGGCCGUCCUGCGGGAGAGGUGAGUGGAGUGUAUAGAUUCUCUCUAAUCUAGAUUUUAGUUCAGGAUUCAUGUUUCUACCACUUUCAUGUGCCAAGUUGUACUGUGAUGAGGACCGAUUUUUACAUGUUGAAUCCCUUUACACAGAACCACUGAAGAGUUAGGAAACCCACCAGGGCACUUUACAAGGUUUUUAAGAGGCUUGUCCUUAUGUAUCCAAAGCACUUUAGGUCUGACUCCCUGUCCCUUAAAUGGGUAACCAGGGCGACAUGUACAUAUCUGCUGUUUGCUGGGUCUUCAGUGAUUAUACGUUACACAAAAUAUAUUGAAUAGUGCGGUGGCAGAAUAUUCUCAAAUAUAUAUUAUUAAAAAAACAAAACAAAUACUGAGUGAGAGUGCAGGCAGGUGGGUUCUCCUCAUACUAGACCUUCAAUGCUUCACCAGAGCUGGGUCGUGCAUCCCAUCAAACAAAUUAAAAUCCUCCUUUAUUUAAAACCAAUUUUAUAUUUUGACAUAAUGCGUAGGGGAGGCACAAAGAAGGGAGAUGCCGACACAUUUUGUGCUGCAUAAUGCACUUCUUCAGAGGAUCUUAUGGAAUACUGAGAUGCAGGAUCCAUCCCUCGUGAUGUAUUCUACAAAACGGUGAAGGACAGGAAAGAGACUGCACGAUAGGGAUACCAAUUUCAGAGCUCUAUUUCCUGUCCUUUUUGCUGUGAGGGGAGUGGCUAAUCCAUAGGUAAAUUCUGCCAUGUUUGAUCAGGAAAUAUGUAUAUUUUUUAUUUUUGCAAGACAGAUUAAAAAUUAGCUUCUGUAUUUACUGGUAAAGCAACUGUUCGGUCAGGAUUAAUUAACAUACUACCUAAAAUAAAAAUUAAGAAUUUAACAGCUGGGGUCAACAGUCAGGAACAAAAUAUAUAUCUAAACCUCUGCUCAUUGAGUGUUAAUGGGAUAUAUAAAAAGACCGCAGUGAAACCGCUGUCCAAGCAGUUUAUUUCUUCAUGAAUAGAGCUAUCAUUUCCGUGGUACUGGAAAUCAGGGACCAUGUACGAUGUUUCACACCUUCUCUGCACAUCAUAGUGUGGCUUGGCCAGGAGAGCUGCAACCUUGCAUGUUACCCAAUAGGGACCUGACUUUAGAUUGUGAGCUUUGUCUGGCAUGGUCCUGCCUACACUUACCUUUGUGUUACCAGGAUAGGAUCUCUGAGUAUUUUCUUAUCUUCCAGUUCUCUCUGCAAUGAUCCGGGGAGCAGAUAAUGGCCGCUCCGUGCAAGUGAAGGAUUACGAUCCAUCAGACAUUGAGCAGAUUAUAUCAAAGUAUUUCACGGUCACAUUUCCUUCCUUGUGA